UCCAGUGUUUCUGAACUUGUUCGAAACAUGACACAGUUACUGCUGUCAGCUAGCGAAGAUUUCAACGAAUUGGAUCCAACCAUAGUUGAUUUCCUACAUACUGAAAAAAUAUUAGAGACUUUAUGUCAUUACACUAAAAAAUGUUAUAGUAAGAGAGAAAACGUCGAUCAUAUGUUUGAAACGCAGCUAGAUUUGUAUGAAUUCUUAACAACUAGUUCAAAUCAAAAACUUUUAUAUCACAAACAAAUUAUAGAACCCCUCCUUCAGUUUGUUACAUUGUGCUCCAUCAGAAUUGAUUUAAAUGACACUAGUUGUGAGAAUUUAGAUUUGAAGUUUAUAUCCAUCUUACACCAGUUAUGCAUUGGCAUUACAGUUCACACUGAAAUCUUAAAUCUACUAUUCACUAGCUCUCAAAAUGAAAGUGAAUCUGACAGAUUUCCAGUUUUCAACUUGCUGAUACCAUAUGUUCAUCGGGAAGGUUAUAUAGGGCAGCAGGCUAGGGAUGCAUUACUGCUUAUAAUGUCACUCUCCACAAAGUAUCAGCAAAUUGCCUAUUUUGUUGCCAAUCAGUCCAACUUUUGUCCUGUUCUUGCAACUGGCCUCAGUGGUUUGUACUCCUCCCUGCCAUGCAAACUUGAGUAUCCGUCAGAUGAUUGGCACCACAUUUCAGAUGAUGACCUUGCCACGAUGCCUGAACUCAAAAUGUUUGUUAACUCCCUUGAAUUCUGCAAUGCUGUCAUUCAGGUUUCUCAUAGCUCUAUAUGCAGUAAGUUGUUGGAGUUUGUUGUCAAUGGCUUCUUGCUGCCUGUUGUUGGACCUGCUCUCAAUCAGAGUACGAUCGAAGAAGUGACAGCCGCUACUGCCUACCUGGAUCUCUUCAUCCGGAAGAUCACGGAACCCAGCCUCCUGAAAGUUUUCAUCGACUUCCUCUUGAAAGGAAAGGUUGAUGAAGUCAGCAUUAUGGACCUGCUCAUCACCAGGAUAUCGAGUCAACUUACCAGGCUCUGUGUUGUCACCCUAACUCUCUUCAAAUCCCUCAUAGAUUUAAACUGUGAAGAUGUCAUGUUCCAUCUUGUUUACAAAUACCUGCUGCCAUGCAAGCACAUAAUGUUGAGUCAGCACAGGGUAAUCAAGCAGAUAGACUACCACAACAACGAUGCCAAGAAGUUCCUAUCCUUGAUGCCUCAAUGUUUCGUCAACACACCAGCACCACCAAAAACAACAACACAGACAACAACAACGACAUCUACAACGUUGUUGGACAGCAUUUCAAAGCACAGUUCUGAAGACGCCUUCUCAAUUCACAGUGCCAGUACAGAUUACAACGACGAAAUCAACAAUUCAUUCGAUCCUCUGAACAACACAAACAACAACUCCAACACACCUACGCAGUCUUUUCUACCGAAAUCUACAAAGUUUGCUAAGUUGAGUUUAAAAAAUAAAGGUUAUUUGGGAAUGCUCACUAACUCUCCAAUGAAAAUAAAUACAUCUAGGUUAACUGCUGAAACACCGCCAAGGACUCCCAAAUCAUCUCUGAACACCUCCCAACAACCUGCCACUGCACCACUUUCAUCAUCGACAACAACACCGCCAACAGCAACGUCAACAACUGCAACAACAACGUCAAUUGAGGAUUACUCCUCGUAUAGCCACUACUUGCGAUAUGCCCACUUCACGGUGUUGAAUUGCAAAGAGGCGUGCAGCAGAUGGUCACUAAAGUAUGAUGGCUGCCAUCUCUUCAACGACGUCUCAUCUAGAGACAAAUCUAAUGAAGAAGACCAGUUGAAUAAAACGUUGAAAAAUGAUGUGAUCGCAUCGUCCUCCUCAUCAACAACAACGACGACGUCAGCAGCAGCAGCAGCAAAAUCUUAUUCUAAAUAUUAUCACAUCUGUGGUGACAUUACAGACAGCAAUAGCAACGAGGAUGAAAAAGAGGCAGAUGCCAGGGAUAAAAGUCAAACAGCAUCCACAAACCCAGUGGACCAGGAUCAGAAUGCAUCUGGAGAUCAUGAAGAUUUAUACGAAUUUCUACAAAAACUGAAUGAGAUUGCACUACCAAGUGAAUGUUUGAAAAGUUCUUCAGAAAUCAUGAGGGAGAUGGAUGAAUUAUUUUUAAAAUAUAAUGUAGAUGUUGGUUCAGAUUCUCUUGGUAAACAAUCUCUCGUCGCAGAUGAUGUUGUCAAUGAAUCUGGAAUAAUCAAUGGAGUAAACAUUACACAUCUUUAUAAGCUGUGUUCAUCUCUGCCUGACAAACCACUUAUAGGACCCUUCUUGGAGUCGUUGAUGGAUAGAGUAGAUCGCAUGAUGCAUAGCACGCUGUACGUCAACCUGCACCUAACUUCAAUCCUCUCGAGACUUGCUUGUUACCCUCACCCCCUCCUCACUUCAUUCCUCCUCAAUCAGAAUCUCGUCUUCCAACCGUCCGUCAAAUCUCUCUAUCAAGUACUGAACAGUGUUAGAUUGCGAUUGGAUGAUUACAUCGGCAAGCAGAAGGAUAGAGACAUUUUAUUGGCUCAAGCUCAUCAGUUUCUUGUCUGCAGGGUCAACCAAGAUCAGAUGGCCAGCUCCACUAACGAUGCAGGUAAAAGAAAGUCCUUUGAUUUAUUCCGAAGCAAUCAAGCAGUUACUCCGUUGAAUAAACGUUUGUUCUCCAACGCAAACAACAACUCGGCUUAUUUCAAGAGACGAACAAGCAAUAACCAAAACGCCGACGAUACAAAGGAGAGCAUUGAAAAAAGAAAUGCCGUUUAUGCGGUUGUCAUUUUCAAAGAAUUCAUCAAAGAAUUGGCUGCAAUUGCUCAAGAGCAAACCGUCAUCCAGUUAUCAUCUUUGUCAUCUCCAUCAUCAUCCUCACCAUCAUCAUCGUUGUUAUCACCAUCGACGACAUCACCACCAUCCCAAACUUUAUCACCGGUUAUUCCAUCACCUUCGUCAUAGCAUCUCUCCAAGUAAUCUGCUGUACAUCCUUGAACGAGUAAAAUGCAACAUUAUCAUAUUUUAUUAUUUUACGUACGUCAGAUAUUACAAACAUUUUAUCAAACUAUUCAGGUUUAAUUAUGCCAAUUCAUUAUUUAUUUCUUCAUUUAAACAUGUUGAAGUAUUGAAAUUUUAUUUCUGUAAAUUUACUGUUUGACUAUUUCAGUGUUCCAUUUUAAAAUUUUUACUCUCAUAAGACUGGGUUGAUUCAAAACUAUUUGGACAAUUUUUCCAAAAUUUUAUGCCUGUCUUAUGAAUAAACUCUUUUAAAUAUUUUAUAAUUGUUACUGGUUGGUGUGGUUGAUAAAUUUUAUAUUAAUUAUAUUUCUUAUUGUUGCAUAAUGUUCAACGAUUUUAUUUUUCCGUCCUUUCCAAUCAUGACUCUUCAUUCAACUGUUUGACGUGUACAAGAAGAAAGACUGCUGUUAUAGAUAUUUUUGCACGUGUACAUUUAUAGGCGUGUAUAUAACUUCAAAAUUAAAAAAGAAUCAAACUU